ACCAGGGCACCACGCUCGCGAGUGCUCAUCGGCAACGAGUGCAGUUGUGGAGCGUCAAUUCACGAGGUAACCAUGUCUGGUGACCUUGAAGAAGUCCGAGUCGAGUCCGACGAUAACAGCACCGGCAUUCUCAGCGACAGUCAUGCAGGAGCCCCCGAGAACCCAGCUGCUGCCAUGUCAACGUUUUCCAGCGUGGUUCAGAGGGCCCACAAUGCUUUCCAGUCGGGCCGAACGCGCGAUGUCGAAUUCCGCAGACGCACUCUCAAGCAGAUGCUCAGGAUGUACGAGGAAAACACAAAUGAAAUGCUCGAGGUUCUCAACAAAGACCUCCGCAAGAGCAAACAGGAGGCUACGGUGCUCGAGGUCGAAUACCUGAAGAAUGAUAUCAGGUCCUGUCUGGCCCACCUGGACGACUGGGUUAAGCCUGAGAAGCCAUCGAAAGGACUGGUCAACAUGUUGGACCAGGUGUACCUGUACAAGGAGCCAUACGGCGUUGCCCUGGUAAUGGGCGCGUGGAACUACCCCCUACAGCUCACCCUUCUGCCCAUGCACGGCGCCGUCGCCGCAGGAAAUUGCGUUGUUUUGAAACCAUCAGAAAUUUCUCCACAUUCCGCCAAGCUCAUCGCUGAGCUUAUUCCCAAGUACCUGGACCAGGAAUGCUACCAAGUAGUUUUGGGCGGAGUUCCUGAAACGACUCUACUUUUGAAGGAGCGCUUUGACUACAUUUUCUACACGGGAUCCACGUCCGUUGGAAAAAUUGUUCGAGACGCAGCAAACCAGCACUUGACGCCGGUGACGCUGGAAUUGGGUGGAAAAAGUCCCGUUUACUUGGACAGCACCUGUGACAUUGAGAUUGCGACUAAACGCAUUUUGUGGGGCAAACUGAUCAAUGUCGGUCAAACUUGCAUCGCGCCCGACUACCUUUUGUGCACAAAGCAAGUGCAAGAAGCGUUCAUCGCCACUGCCAAGCGCAUUUUGCCCCUUUGGUUUGGCGACAGGCCCAGCGAGUCGCCAGAUUUGGGCCGCAUCGUCAGCGACCGCCACUUCCAGAGGCUGCAGGGCCUCAUCAAGAACUCCACUGGCCGAGUGGUCAUCGGAGGUGAAGCGAUCGCUGACGACAAAUUCAUUCCACCCACCGUCAUUGCUGACGUUGCAGCCACUGACCCCAUCAUGCAGGAAGAGAUUUUCGGCCCCAUCCUACCCAUUGUGAACGUUGAGAACACUUACGAGGCCAUCAAGUUCAUCAACAGCAGGGAAAAACCACUCGCCCUGUACAUUUUUACAGAAAAUACGAAAGAGCGUCAGUUGAUCCUGAACAACACAUCAAGCGGCGGCGUUUGCUGCAAUGACGUUGUUAUGCACUUGGGAGUCGAAAACCUGCCUUUCGGCGGCGUCGGCAACAGCGGCAUCGGCCAGUAUCACGGCAAAGUCAGUUUCGACGAGUUUUCGCACAUCAAGGGAUGUUUGGUCCGAGACUUUGGGUACAUUGGAGAAACUUUGGGAGCAUUCCGUUACCCACCCUAUUCCGAUAGCAAAAUCCAGGGCUUGAACAUGCUGAUGAAAAAGAGGACAUUUUUUGGAGUGUUUAAAUACCUGCCAAAGGUGGCCUUGUUUGCCCUAGGAGCUGCGUCUGUCCUGGCCGUGCAGGCCGUAGUCAGGCGCGGCCUUACGUUGAGGACAGUAUUCGCUUUAGUAAAAGAUUUUAAAAAGUAAUUAAAUCACGCGUAAAAAGAUACAAAAAUGGUUACCGAGGCAACCAAUGGCGACAGCGAGUGAUUCCAGAGAGAAUAAUAAAAUGCCGUUUUAAAUCUGGAGGCGACCAAAGGAUUUUGUGGAGUUGCAACUAUAAAACAGCUGUUUCAGCCUAUUACUGUGUUAACCAUCUUCUACUUACUACACAUGUCUCUCUACGUUGUGAUUAUAUAAUGUUUAUGAGUAUUUUUUGUAACAAAAUAUACAGGGAAUAUAUACCAA